AAGCAGCGAGGUAGGGUUGUUGGAGGAGAGUAAUAGCGCCAAAUCAAAUCGGCUUUUGUUGUUUGAUUCGCCACUCUGCUGCAUCAAUGGUUAUUGCUCCGAACGAGUGGAUAAGCACGGAAGACGCGCUGCUCCAGGCGCUGGUUGGCAAGUACGGCAAGAACAAUCAAUGGCAACGCAUUAGUGCGCUUUUCGUUCGCAAAUCCGCCAAGCAGUGCGAGGCUCGCUGGUAUCGCUGUUUCGACCCAUCGGCCAUCAAAAGAAGGGAGGAGGCAGCAACAGUAGGCCAUCUUGGUGAGCGCUUGGAUGCUGUCGCCCUCAACCAUGAAUGAGAAUCCAUUCUCACGGAGGAGGAGGAGAAGCCACAGCCCCAUUGAUUCUCUUGGAUAUGUACAGUGAAGCUCUGUUUUUUUUUUGUGUGCGCGCGCGAGUUUUGCUUGGUUCUCUAUAUUGUUUUCUUGAUGUAAAUUGUCUAUCAACUUUUGGUUUAUCUUUCACCUUACCUUACCACAUAUAUUUUACACUUAGCUCGAUUAUUUUUUUGUUGCAUACUUGUAAAAUAAGCAAGACACGAUUUAACGUGGUAUCCCCGACGAUGUGUCGGGACUAAUCCACGGGAGAGUAUAAAACUCUCCGGCUACUGAUGUUAUUAUGUUGUACUUUCACAAAGCGGCGAUGGCCGCGUACAAUGAAUAUUUAUACCCUUU